AUGUCCCUUGUUGAUCUCUCUCUGCUGAGUGGUUUGGAACCUGACACAAAGGAUCUCGAACAGUUGGUGAUAUCUUCAGAUCAGUACAUUCAGCACUAUGAGUACAAGGAAGGAAAAGUUUUGCUCUACUUUGGCGAGCUCACAAGCGGACCAGACCCAGAUUGUGUAUCAUUUGGUGCAAAGCAAAUCAAUCCCAUGGGCUUGGUCCAGCCAGCAAAUGCCAUCCUUUAUGAUUUUUACAACCCUGACAGAAAGUGCAGCGUAUUCUACAGUGCUCCCAAGCACAGCGCCAUGCUUUCAAAGGUGUGCCAUGCCAACGUUUGCCAGUGUGCAGAAGGUCCCUGCCCAAGACAAAGACCAACUUUCAAUAAAGCCAUAACACAAACCACACGCUUCCGUUUUGCCUGCUACCAACCUAUUGCGGAUUAUGUGUACGAGGUGGAGCUCCUCAAUAGUACACAGAAGAAUGUUUUUGAUUACUAUGAGGCCAAAAUCCACAGAAUCCUUAAAGCCACUACUGAUGAAAGCAUCCAGGUCGGUGCCCACCGACAGUUCCUAACACGCUCCAUGUGCAAGUUAAAUAUGGUCACUGGCAAACGGUACCUCCUCAUGGGGAAAGAUGGGCAAACGGUUGAUUGCAACAACAAGAUGCAGUACUUCCUUGAUGCACAAGCCUGGAUAGAGAAAAUUCCAGAAGACAGCGAGUGCCGCACCACCCUGCACCGGCAAGCCUGUGCUCACCUCCAGGACUUCAUGAACACGCCUGACAGCCUGUGCCUCUUCUGAACCAUCGUGCUGCUCCCCACAUC